AAAGCUCAAAUGUUACUGAAAAUCUGAUUUCUUCUCCAAAACUAUUUAAAAAUAUAUAAAAAAAAUUCUUAAAUAAUAGUAAGAACAAAAACUCUAUAAAUAAUACCAGCACUUGCCUUCACUUGAAUUUGAAACCAACAAAGAAAAGAAACAAUUCUCCUCUGCUUCGCUAUUACCCAAAAAUCCCAUAACGAAUAUACAAUUACACGAACCAGCCAAGAUAAUGAAGCAAAAGAUAGUGAUAAAGGUUUCCAUGAGCAGCCAGAAGUCUCGUUCUAAAGCCAUGAAAAUUGCAGUUGGAGUUGCAGGCGUAGAAUCUGCAGCAUUAAGAGGCCAAGACAAGAGCCAGAUAGAGGUAGUAGGAGACGGAGUUGAUGCUGUAAAGCUUACUACUCUGCUCCGAAAGCAAAUUGGGUAUUCAGAGCUUGUAAGCGUGAGCGCUGUCGGAGAGAAGAAAAAUGAAAAUAUAGAAGACAAGAAAGGGAAGGCAAAAGCAUGGCCAUACAUGGGUAGUGAAUAUGUUUAUGCAGUUCCUCAAUACCUUCCAUGCCAUUACCAGCAAUACCCUGAACCCAGUUCCUGUUCCAUCAUGUAAUUUCAUAAGCAAAACAGAGGAUUUUGUUUGUGUA